AUGCCUUCCAUGAGCAAUAGCGCAGUCCCUCAACGCCGCCGACGUGAGCAGGACGAUGACUCCGAUGAUCUUGCGUCCGCAUCUGAAUCUUCACCUGUUCCAACUCCUGCGAGUAACAGGAGUCACAGCAAGAGAGCUAGAAUAGCAGCGAAAUAUGAUGCUUCCGAAGACGCGUCUGAUCCCGAAUUUGAAGGAAAUGGCGAGAACGAAAAUGCCGAGGACAGUUCCGAGUCCGCGAGUUCCACCCAGGAUGAUGGACAAACUGAGACACAGAGCCAUAAUUAUAAUCCUGCGGGGCUAUUGUCGACUGUGCAGAAUGGCAUGAGGGGUCAGGAGGGGUUCAAGCCUGGUGCCAUUGUGCGAAUCAAGGUCAAGGAUUUCGUGACAUACACAGCGGCGGAGUUCUUCCCUGGGCCGAAGUUGAACAUGGUUAUUGGGCCGAAUGGAACUGGGAAGAGCACGCUUGUUUGUGCUAUUUGUUUAGGGCUGGGAUGGGGACCAGUACAUUUAGGACGUGCGAAGGACAUCGGCGAGUUUGUCAAGCAUGGGUGCAGAGAGGCAACAAUCGAGAUUGAGCUUGCUAGGGGCCCAAAGCACUCUCGAAAUCCAGUCGUGACUCGGAUCAUCAAACGAGAAGGCAACAAGAGCUCUUUUAUGUUGAACGGAAAGCAAUCCUUCGCGAUUCAAGUCGACAACCUAUGUCAAUUCCUGCCGCAAGAUAAAGUUAGCGAGUUCGCGGCUCUCACACCAGUUGAACUGCUUCACUCGACUCAAAGAGCUGCUGCCGGAGCCGAGAUGGUGGAGCUGCACGAGAACUUGAAGAGGCUACGGGCAGAGCAGAAGAAACUCCAAUCGAAUAAUCAGUCCGACAAGGAUCUCCUGGCGAAUCUUGAAAAUCGACAAGAAAUGCAGCGCGCCGACUUUGAGAGAGUGCGCCAGAGAGCUCAAAUUGCGAGAAGGAUCGAACUACUGCAGACGGUUCGUCCCUUGGUUUUAUACCGACAUUUAGUGGAGCAAGGCAAGGCUCUGAAAGAGGAGAGAAAUGUUUCUCAACGCGAACUUGAAGUUCUCGAAGCGCAAUUGAAGCCUGUUAUGAGAUCCAGUGAGCAGAAGAAGGAGUACUGCAUGCAGCUGGAAGCUGUAGUCAAACACAAACAGCGAGCCCUAGAAAGAGCAGACAGAAUGGCGACAGACCUCAACAGAAAAGUCGAGCAAUACGAGCAAAACAUGAAGGAGCUAGAUGCUGAGAUCGAGGCAGAAAAAAAGAGUGCCGUAAAGUCAAGACAGGAAGGGGCCAAAAUUGCGCAAACCAUCAAAACUCUCACUCGCCAGUUACAGGACAAUCCUGUGGAAUUCGACGCUGAUUGGUAUAACGAACAAAUUAGAGACAAACGGAGGGAGAUAAGAGAAAUUGAAAACAGGGCAAAAGAGAUAAAUGAGCGUAAACGGCAGCUUCAUGAGAAGUUUAACGAAACAGGUGAUCGUUUGAAGCAGGCCGAGCAUCAACUACGAAGCCUUGAUUCGCGCGCUGGACAGCAAGAGAAAAAGCUGCAGGACGUCUCAUCUGAUUCCUAUAAGGCUUAUAGGUGGCUCCUAAACAAUCAAGACAAGUUUGAGCAAGAGGUUUUUGGGCCUCCGAUUGUGACGUGUUCCAUCAAAGAUUCCAAAUAUGCCGACCAGGUCGAGUCACUAUUGCAAAAAACGGAUUUCACAAGCUUCACAGUUCAAAAUCGGCGAGACUUUAGGACCUUGCAACGUUACCUAAUAAAUGAACUAAGGCUCCAUGAUAUCAGUAUCCGGACUUCUUCUACUCCUCUCGAAAACCUACGCUCUUCUCUGCCAGAUCAUGAACUCAGAGAUCUGGGCUUCCAUGGCUGGGCUAGAGACUUCCUCGAUGGUCCAGAACCCGUGGUCGCGAUGCUGGUUAGCGAGAAGCUACUGCACCAGACGCCGGUCAGUCUAAGGGAUAUCUCUGAUCAGACUUUCGCGACGUUGGAACAGGGGUCUAUAUCGUCGUGGGUUGCUGGUAAACAGAAUUAUACGAUCAAUCGACGACGAGAGUAUGGCCCUGGUGCCAUUUCCACACGCGUGAGACAGGUGCGGCCAGCCAGAGUCUGGACUUCCCAACCUGUUGAUGCAUCGGCGAAAGCCGAGCUGCAACGACGGAUUCAGGAGCUGAGAAGCGAAGUCGAGGAGAUCAAGGAGAGAAUAGAGUCCGAUAGAGCAACCAUGGCUCAACUUAAACGGGAUAACGACACUGCCCAUGCAGAAAGGGACAAACUUGAACGAGAUAAGAAUGAUAAACAAACCGCCUACACCCAUUUUAGAGCCAUUCCAGAGAAAAUCCGCCAUCAGGAAGCCAAGAAAGAGGCCCAAGACGCUUCUAUAGCUAAAAUCAGGGCGAGCAUUAUUAAAAUUCGCCAUAAGCAGGAUAAACUGUCUGUCGAGAAGGCUGAAGCUGUCCUUCAAUACGCGAAUGCUGUUGAGAGUCUCCGUGAAUUGCACGAGGAAUUGAUCAAACUAUCGCUGUGGAAGAUCGAAUCGUUCUCGGACUGGGAAGUUCUGAAACUCCGCAAUAGUGAAUAUGAGGAAAGACUUAACGCAAAGAGGGACGAGGUAAAGCAGUUGUCUGAACAAGUCAAACAGAAGGCAUUGGAAUGCAGAAGGGCGGAGCAGGAGGCAAAAAAGCUCUCAGUAAAGGCUAGAGAGCAGCCCGAUUUGAUGGAGGUAGCACAGGAGGUAUCGAGUAACAAUCUUACCCCAGAAGCACUAGAAGGCGAAAUCGACUCCGAGCAGGCACGUCUUGAGCUCACACACGGAGGUCCCAGCAACGUGGUUCAAGAAUAUGAAGAGCGCGCACGGCAGAUCAAUAAAUUGCGCAAGAAACUCACAGAGUUCGAUGAGAAGCUCAAGCAAUUCAACGACGCCAUUGCUGAAGUCAGAGGCAAAUGGGAGCCCAAGCUGGAUGCCAUCGUCAAGAGCGUCAGUGACGCAUUCUCCGACUCGUUCGCCCGCAUCGGCUGCGCAGGUCAAGUCAGCCUGGACAAGCCAGGCGAUGAGCCUGGACCUGACGGCCAGCCAAGCGGCAACGACUUCGACCUGUGGUCUAUCCAAGUCCACGUCAAGUUUCGCGAGCACGAAAAUCUUUCACUGCUCGACUCGCACCGCCAGUCUGGCGGCGAGAGAGCCGUCAGUACAAUAUUUUACCUCAUGGCCCUACAGUCCCUCUCCGCCUCUCCAUUUCGCGUCGUUGACGAAAUCAAUCAGGGAAUGGACCCCCGGAAUGAGCGCAUGGUCCACGGGCGCCUGGUUGAGAUCGCUUGCGCUCCUAGCAGCGACGGUGGCGGUGGGCAGUACUUCCUUAUCACCCCGAAGCUGCUUAGUGGACUCGUAUACAAACCCGGUAUGAGGGUCCUUUGCAUCGUCAGCGGUGAACAUAUGCCUGAGGACCACAAUCUCAUAGAUCUUGGUGCCGCAGUAAGGAACAAGCGGGCUCUUUCUGCACGGUCGGGUACGGGAGGAGCUGUGAGCCCUGCUGUGAGGUCUGUUGCUGCUUAGAACCCAUCUUUCCAUAUUAGCCGUAUAUUUUCUGCAGGUUCCUUCGGUGUUUUGGGCAUCAGCAUGAAGGUAGAUAGGGUGAAAUCCUUUCUUUAAUUCGCAGGUUGCUGUAUCUACAACCAUUCUUGUCUAUAGUUGACCGUGAUACCUGAUCUUCUUGGCGCUUUGUGAGAUGAUUUUAGGGAAUACAUUGAAGUGAGAAACACUCUAUUGAGGAAGCUACUUACUGAAUGGGAUACGGAAUACACGGGACGAA